AUGUUUCUCUGUUGCUUCCCGACUUUGUGGCGAGGCUCUGGGCAGAAGAAAGCCCAGAGUGAGAGACAUCUCUGUUGCUGUAGAGUCUGGCGCAAGCGCCGCCACAGGCACUGCUCGCCCUCUGGCAGGAGGCGACCUCAGAGCUCCAACGAGGAUGCUGUAGAGGAGCUGGUUGAGGCAUUUACUUAUGCCGUCAACAAAGAACAAGAAUGCCAGGCCAGGAACACCGUACAGUGCCAGGCUGAGAACGUCAAUGAGGACGUCAUUGAGGAGGUGGUCCACGGGCCCCACUCUACCAUCUACCGGGUCAGGGUGCAGGUGCACCAGGCCAACAACAGCAGCCAGUGCUGGUCUGAGAGCUCCAAAGAGGACGCUGUGGAAGAGCUCAAUGGUGGGUUCAACUCUUCUAUCUCCCUAGACAAGGGGAAGGUGUGUCAGGCCAUGGACACCAUCCAGUGCAAGACUGAGUGUGCAGCUGAAUUAGCACGUAACCUGACUGAGGCUAACAGGAUGCGGGCCCUACAGGAAGGCACACUGAGGAAGGUGGCAGCAUCAAUGGUACCAGCUCUCCCGGGUAGAAACAUCUCCCGCACAUCCACCCACCCGACCUUAUCCAGAGCCCAAGAGUUCCUGGACCUGCUGCUUACUGGAGCCAUGGCUUCUACGGUGGGAACCUGGCCUGACCAGGUGCAGGGUUUUGGCCGGGCUCUCCGCUUCCCCUGGUUCCAGCUGAAGCAGGCCAACUUCCCUGCCCCACACCACACGGACUACAACCACCUCCUUUGGAUGGAGCUGGCGCAGCUAGAGCCCACCGAGGCCAAGCCGAAAGGACCACCGCCCGGGCUCCAGAGCACUCCAGAGCCAGAGGAAGGGCCCGCUCAGGUGCCAGCGGCUGCUCCUGCCAGAGGCCCCUCCCUAGCCUGGCCUGGCAUGAAGCUGCACUCGAAGUCGUCAUGGAGGCGUCUUUUUGAAUCUUAUUUUUUUCUGUCUUAA